GAUGAUAUUGAUAUGGAUGUUUAACAUAUUUUGGUUUACUUGUGACGCUUAUUUUGAACGCUAUAUUAAUGCUGUAGAAGAGAGAUAUCAAGGUAGAUAUCAAAUUCCUGCAGCCCAUACAGGAUUUCAACACUAUCGUCUAACAGAUGGAACUAUGCUUUCUUACCAAACUCAUGUGAUAAAGUAUAAUAUUUCAGAUGUUAAACUAAGAUUUUACCAACACGUUACUCGUACUGUCAAAUAUGAAAAAGUUCGAAUUUUUAAGUUAAGAAGUGAAAGCGAAACUUUAAAAUUGGAAGUUUAUGAUAUUAAUGGAACAAUAAGUGAAUACUAUCACUAUUUCGUGCAAGGAUGGAAUGAAAUUCAACUUACAAGCCCUUCGCCUAGUUUAGAAAUGAUCCUAUCUGUGAAUGAAUCAACCUACGAUAAUCUGGAAAUUGCUGAAAUUCAAAUAUUAGCUACGGUAAAAGCAUAUUCGUCUUGCGUUGAAUGGUAUAAAGAUGCUCAGCAUAAUGACGGUGAAUUUGUUUUUAUGAUGAAUAUGUUUGAUUCAGAGUAUGAAAAUGUUGCAAAAGUAGAAACUGGAUCCAUUUGCACAGCGUCAAGUGGCAAUUGUAGAGCAAUUUUUGAAGAUACUAUACAAAAUUUUAAUGAAAUAUGGAAACCAAAUGACAAUGAUUUAAUAUCUUUUAUAAAAGUUGAAACUUUUAAAAAGUAUAUUAUACAAGAAAUUAACAUCAAUCAACCUUUGGAAAAUGAGAUUGAUGUUGUUACUCUAUUGAGUAAAGACACUCUAAUAAAUAUAGAUGUUAACAAGACAUCAAAUUGGACAAAAAUUUUUGCAAAACUAGAAACAAAAUGGCUGAAAUUUGUUAUCAAUAAGGAAAAUAGAAAAUUCUAUGGAAUAUAUGAAAUAAAAGCUUUCAGUUAUUUGCCAAAAAUGAAAACUUUUCACUGUUUAAAGAAACCAAGCACCAAAUUAAUAGCAACUGAUAUAAUACAUUCUGUUUAUGGGAAAUUUUUUAAAUAUACACCUACAAAAACUGAUUCUUGCGAUACUGGAAUGAAAUUUGAUCCAAAAGUGUAA